AGAACUCAGCUGGCUCAAUUGGUCGCCCCGUCUGUGGCCAUGGCGUUUCCCUAGUGACGAAUCAUGCCGAAGCAGCCGAAUCUAUGUGACCUGAGUGGCUCGGGGAAGCUCUUGGAGCUGGGCAUGGACCCCUUGGUUUCCUGCGCCGGUGGCACGACCGUGGUGAAAUCCAUCGGGCUACAGACCGAGAUGCUGGGAGACGAGCUCCUUUCAGAGGACAUGGACUCCCAGGUGGUCUCCAAACCCGCAGCUGCCUCGCAGAUCAUGAAGGUGGCAAUAGGUCUCUUGGGCUUGGACCUCCAUGAGAAGCCCAGCUCAUGGGCUCAGACCUGGUUGGAGGCGUGUAGCGUGGGUGAGGUGUCCUUCAGCAUGGAGCCCAAACUGGCCAAGGAGGUGGAUGAAGGAUUCUGGUCAGAUCGAGACUUCAAGAAAGGUCAAGCAGAUUGGCAGCGGAAAGUCCUAUCUCACUUGCGGCAGCUUUAUCCUAAAGAGCACCGUGGGCGUUCCAAGGAAAAAGUUGAAAGACGAGGUCCUCAUGCUGAGCAGCUGGAGACAGUAGACUUCAUCCUGCAGCGAAUCACCUCUACAGUGAAUCUUCUUCAACGGCCCGAGCGGCACGCUGAGCCGCCCUUGAUCUUGCACCAGUAUACAGAUGGCAUGGUCCGAGAUGUUUGCGCUGACUUGAAGCAAUGGCUGGAGCAACUGGCUAACAUUUUGUCGGUGUAUCACGUUCAUAUCUUGGACCUCGAGGGCGACAAGCGACAAUUGACCAGCAAAGUAGGAGGAUUGGAGGAGAAGUUGAAGGAGUCUGAGGUGGAGAAAGAGGAUGCCGUAAGGCGUUUUCAGGAUAUGGACGCCCGGUGGAAUGAAGAGAAGAUGAAGAAACGUGCGGCCGCCUUGUUCGGGGUGAAGAGCAGCGAGGAGGAUCCCAAGAUCUACAGCCAGCUAGAGGUGGAUGAGAUGUACGAGCAGUGGAAGAAGGAGCAAGUCGAUCCCCUUUUGGAGGAGAUUCAAUCGUUGAAGAAGGCACAAAGAGAUUUGCUGGCGAAGAUGCAGUCGAUGAAGCACGAUCGAUCUGCACCAGUCGCAGCGAUACAAGAAGAAAUCACGCCUUCGCUGGGCUCCCGAGAAAUCGCUUUGUUGAACGCCUGCCUCACCAGUGCUUCGGAACGCUCUUUGGGUGAGCUCAAGGCUUUGCUCCUGCGCCUGGGCCACGCGCUCAGCGAACAGCGCGGAAGUGCCGAGUUUCAGGAGAUCCUUCGGCUGAUCCAGGCGAUCCCUAUCCUGGACAUUCCCGAGUCCAUGGAGACGGGCUCCCAAGCCGAUGCCGACCACCCGGCGAUCGGCCAGGAAGAGUUGGAGCUGCUCCAUGUGGGUCUGAAGGCUGCUGGGAAGCACGUGUCCCCUGACCUGGCUAGCCUUCUAUCGCAGCUGGGUCAAGGUGUUGCCGAGGGCAGUGACCUGAAGCGUGUGGUGCAGCUCAUCCAAAAAGUCGCCGAGAAGGAGCUCUCCGUGCCAUUGGCGGUGACAGGUAGAGAUGCAACCAGUUGUCCAUUCUUGCGGAUCUCCCAUUGUUCGACGAAGCGGUUCCAGCUCAAGGCCCCAUCCCUGACUUACUGCGCGUAUCUUGGCCUCCUUCCCCCGACUGCCGCCUCUCUCCGGCUCGGGCUUUCGGGGAGCCCAGGCUGGGGAUGAAGGUCUCUUGGUAGGUGGCAGCACCAGUGACGUCAACGCCAGUGGGGCAGUAGUAGCCUGAGAAGUCCUUCCCAAGAGCCAAAUGUCAAUGCCAACCUGUCUGGUUCCGUUCUCCUCUCUAUUGGCAAACGAAUAAACAAACAGGAAGUCAAAGCCUGAAGGAGACCGUCGCAUUCUUGAAACACGUACUGCUUUCAGUCAUGGGGAGGGGCCUUGAGGUUACCAGUUUGCAUCCUUUCACUUACCAUGGCACAUGAGUUUUGAUGAGCACUAGACUAGGAUACAGUCUAGCAGACGAUGCAAUGGAACUCUGUGGGCAUGUUUGGUUUGGGUUUAGGC